CUUACUGGGAUGAUAUCACCCACCCCGCCCCAAUGCUCCUGGAUGCCCAACAGGAGUGGCCCUCAAGGAUGUUGGAAACGCACCCCGCUAUGAGUCAGCAGAACUCUUUCGCAUCGAUCCCACAAGAAUCGAACGUUCCGUCCGCCUUCUUGACAUCCCUUUCCGAUCCUUGGUGGGCUCUAUCGGCCGCUGACUUGAUCGGAAAGGGUGAUCUUCAGGUCAUUCUGGAAGACGCGAAUCCUGAGAACCGGCCGUAUUACCCCUACAAGAGAUGGAUCCGUAUCACAAGCCGCACAAGACAGCAAACGGUGGAAGUCACAUUUGACAAGUUCCGGCAGCACAUGCACGUUAUCAAUCUUGCCAAGCUCAAGGACUCUCUCCAGAAGAUCGCUCCAUACCUCCCGAGAAUGGCGCAAAUUCUGCCCCGUGAUAAUGAGCUUCCAAAGCAGAUCAAGAAGUUUGAUGACCAGCUCAGCAGUGCUGAGUUCAGUAAUUUCCUUAGCGCCGCUUACCUUCGGGACCUACGAAAGUGUUUCGAUGCCAUGCACCAAUCGUUCCGUGAUCACGAGGAGGAGAAGGACAGACCCGAUACAUUGCAUAAAGGGUGGACAAUCAUCAGGGAUCACAAGGACACGAUGUUGCGGUUAGGCCAGUAUCUUUUGGUUAUCGAUAUGGCGUUUGAGCUCCAGGCAAAGUGGAAUGUCCAUGAAAUGAUUUUACGGCCUGAAGUCCGG